AUGUCCACACCAUUUCUCCAAAAUUCUCAACGUCACAACUGCUACACUCCAAGUACUCCGUCAUCCUACCCUGCCCUACUCGAACCAUCAGACCGCCAGAUCGUGAACGCCUUUUGGUGCGUAUCAUCUCACCUCUGCGCAUCUUCCGGUCUCCCUUCUACCCAGGACCAACAAGGUGCAACGGCGCGCGAGAUCUCAGCAAGACAUGGAUCGACACCGAGUCAGAGACAUGGCGCCCACGCGAUGCCGGCCCUAACCGCAACUUUCACCUCCAAACCUGUACCACCCGAGUCAUGA